GCUUGUUCGAAACUCGGGGCCACAGUUUGUGGCAUUAGUCUCCAGUACUUAAGCACUUUCUCCAUUCCUAUAGCCAGCACUCAACGUUUCAGUGCGAUGGAAAUAUCCAAGGCACCGGCUGAAUACGCUCUACUUGCUGAAGAGACUGAGAACGACUUUCACGGACCUAUGCCUAUAACAGAAUUCUUUGACGCUUUCAUGAAGACGAAGGAUGACAAGAAACCUCCCAAGCGUGCCACCCAAAUCUUCAAGAACAUACCUAGGGUCGGAAAAUUUGAGGAUCACUUUAAAGAUGCUGUCGAGGCAUCUGGAAUUUGCCAGAAGCUGAGAUUUGUCAACACGACUGACGAUCUGGAUGCAGACUUCAAACGCAAGCCAGACAUGGUUGCUUACAAGAGAUCUCUGCAAGGCGGUGAUGUAACUGACUUUGAGCUGAUGGAACUGUGCAUCGAGCGCAAGCCAGAGACUAAGGACCCAUUCCAGGAUCUCGCUUCCAGUGCGACCUCUGGCGAUACAAACACAGUCUUACAUCGCUCGCAGGAGGUGACCAUGAGUCGAGGACAAAUCUGUUCCUAUUCAGGCUUGCAGCUCUCGGCGCAAAACCGGUUCUUCCUGUUCACUGUGGUCUUGCUUGGUGACUAUGUUCGCUUCAUUCGAUGGGAUCGCGCGGGAGCUAUUGUGACUGAACGAGUCAACUGGAGGAGAGACCCUACUCAUCUGAUUUUGUUCCUUUGGAAGUUCAACCGUUUCAAUGACGUGCAACGUGGAAGAGAUACGUCGCUCACAAAGCCCAUGGCGAGAGACAUCAAGAGGGCGAAGAAAGCAUUUGACGAACGAGCCAGGUUUCUGGCUAGGCUCCUAGGCGAGGACGAAGAAACGGCCCAAUGCUUCUACUCGUCUGAUGCCACCUUUCACCAGUUUUGUAUCACGGACGACGACACGCACCGGAAACACUAUUUCAUCGCGUCGAAACCUCAUUGGCAGAGCGGCAGCCCGUUUGGGAGAGCCACAGACGGGUACAUUGCAUAUGACAUCACCAGACAGAAAAUUGUGUAUCUGAAGAACAGCUGGCGGUACUUGGAGGAUGGGAUCGAGAAUGAAGGAGCGACCUAUCGGCACCUCGAAUGA